AUGACAAACCCAAGAGUUGCAGUGAUUUCUGGGGCGAAUCAAGGCAUUGGAUUUGCAGUUGUCAAAGAACUUUGCAAAUCAUUUGAUGGGUCUGUUUACCUGACUUCUCGAGAUGAGCAUCGCGGUCGGACCGCUGUGGAAGAACUCGAGAAGUUGGGCUUGCAACCCAAGUACCACCAAUUAGAUAUCGAUGAUGAAGCCAGUGUUUUGAGGCUAAGGGACUACCUGCAGGCAACAUACGGAGGUUUGGAUGUCUUGGUAAACAAUGCUGGCAUGCUGAUUGUCUCCAAAGACGAAGAUUCGCGAGAAUUGUUCGCCGAGAGCGCACGCUCCGUUUUGCAAACCAAUUUCUUCAAUACGUACCGCACGUGCGACAUCCUUUUCCCGAUUUUGAGACCUCACGCAAGAGUUGUUAAUUUAUCUAGUAGCAUGGGCCACCUUAUGCAGAUCGAGGGUCAAAAUGAGCCGGCGAUUACGCUAAGAGCUAGACUUUCAUCUACUGACCUUUCGUACAAGGAACUCAUCCACAUCAUGAAUCAUUUUCUCGAAUCCGUACAAAGAGGAGAUCAUCCGGAGUAUGGAUGGCCGAAGAAAAACUGGGUUUCCUACGUAGCAUCUAAAAUCGCUGUCAGUGCCAUGACGCGGAUACAGCAGCGUGAUUUUGAUGCCGAUCCGCGCCCAGAUAUUAUCGCUAACCACGUUCAUCCAGGCUAUGUCAAAACAAAAAUGGCAUCAUUUAAAGGAGUGUUGACAAUUGAGGAAGGUGCUGCUGCUGCUUCCUGGCUUGCAAUGCUACCUCCUAAUAACGUAAUGAAUCCAAAAGGUUCUUACAUUGUGUUAGCGUGUUUGAUGGCACUUGCCGCUGCUGUUGACCAAAGUGAAACGGUCGUCGAAGACGCCGCCGAUCUCGACGUCGCCGAACACCGCAGGCACGGAUACGGUGGAUACGGACACGGAGGAUAUCGUCGCGGCGGGUAUGGCGGCGGUUGGGGUGGAUAUCAUAGAGGAGGAUGGGGCCGCAAGCGUCGGUCUGCUGCUGCUGAAGAAGACGCUGCUCUUUUGACUGAUCUGGAAACGGCCGAGCAUCGUCGCAGUGGAUGGGGUCAUCGUGGAGGCUACUACGGAGGCGGGGGACAUCGUGGGGGCUACGGUGGAUAUGGUGGAUAUGGUUAUUACGGUUAA